AUAAGGAAUUUUUGGCUUGAGAGGAACAUUGAAGUGUGAGAAAGAAAGCAAAUGUUAAAGCUCCAUCCGGCUGUGCAGCUGCUUCCUUGUCUGGCUCCGGCGAUCGGCUGUUCCGUUUCACGAUCAUCCAGAGGACUACACUUAUUUUGCUCCGGCAACGUCACCACCAGCAAGGCUGAGAUGGCCACGGAAGAGUAUACAUUUGGGCCGUACAAGAUAGACAACAAGGAGGUGUUCUACUCAACCCAGCUUUCCUAUGCCAUGGUCAACCUGCGUCCUCUUCUUCCUGGUCAUGUGCUUGUCUGUCCAAGGCGUGAAGUGAAGCGCUUUAUUGAUCUCACUACUGAUGAGACUAGUGAUCUGUGGAUCGCUGCAAAGAAGGUUGGUGGUCAGCUUGAGCAGUAUCACAAAGCAUCAUCUCUCACAUUUUCAAUACAAGAUGGACCGCAGGCAGGACAGACUGUGCCCCAUGUUCACAUCCAUAUUGUUCCAAGGAAAGGCGGUGACUUUGAGAACAAUGAUGAGAUAUAUGAUGCAAUUGAUGAGAAGGAGAAGGAACUAAAGCAGAAGCUCGACUUAGACAAGGAAAGGAAGGACAGAAGCCUCGAGGAGAUGGCACAAGAAGCAGAUGAAUACAGAAAGCUUUUCUUGUAGAUUAGAUCACUAAUAAAUUUUCCAUUUUUUGCUAAGAGAUCGUACAACUGAUUGCAAAGUUAUAUUUCUCUUUAACAUUUCCAGAACUUCAGGAUAUUAAUUUAUGAUUGUAGUAGUUAUAGCCUUUAUGUCUUACAAGUUACUGGUGUGGUGGCUUGACUUUGUGGUAGAUGAAUUGUAUGAAAGUUGAUCCUUUAUAUGA